AUGAUGGGGGUGCUCAAAGAUCUGGAGACCUUCAUGUUCUCCGCUGAGAGAACAGCUGAUGAUGGUGUGCCUUCCGCCUCGAUGGCCAUGCUCGAUGACCCCACCGGACCGAUCCAGACACAUAUCAUAGCCCAGGACAAGAGGCACUACGAUGCCAAUACUGUGUACCAAGCAUGCAGCAUAUUCAAGGCUAUCACGGCAUUAGCAGAAGCCAAACUUAUCGACUUGGGGCAUUUGACUUAUGAUACCAAAGUCGUUGACCAUGUCCCAGAAUCACUUUUGGAUUCCAUGCUGGACGACAAGACAAGACAUCUCAUGCAGUAUGUCACUGUCGGACUCCUCGUAAGCCACCGCUCUGGGCUUUCUCAACAUGGCUUUGCUGGCUAUACUGGCGAUACACCCUUACCUGGUUACACGGAGCUUUCAGCUGGACAGCCUCCAGCAAAGAGUCCUCGCUUGAGAUUCUUGAACUUUCCAGGCAGCCAGUGUACGUACUCCGGCGGCGGUUUUGUGAUCCUUCAGAUACUUCUGGGGCAGAUUAUGGCGAAACCCUUCCCGGAAAUCAUGCAAGAGAUGGUUCUCGGUCCUUUAAAGAUGAACCGGAGCCGCUUCGGUGAUUUGCCUACCGACGAGAGCAACUUCGCAAAAGCACAUGUGACAGGCUACGUCCAAGGAACCAACAGAGGACGAGGCUACCAUGAGUUCACUGAACUGGCUGCAGCAGGACUCUGGACAACACCCUCAGACCUGCUGAAAGCAGUAGCUGCAAUUCAAAUCUCACUGCAUUCGGACUCCGGCUUCCUCUCCCGCGCCACAGCAGACGCAAUGCUAGCUCCAGUAUCGCCCAGCACGUCAGGUCUCAACAUGGCUUAUGGCUGUGGCAGCGACGGCACAUUCUUCGCACACGCUGGUCAGAAUGAGCCGGGCUUUACCUGCUAUGUCAUCGGAGCUCAUGGGUAUGCGCGGCCAGUGUUGAAUGGAACCAAUCAACCAGGAACAGCCAGUGUCUGCAUCGUGACUAACUCAAUCAUUGCGUCCUGA